AUGUCUCGGAGAACGGAGAUCAAGGAACCCAUCAAUUUGCAGACGACGAAGAAGAUGACCGGAGAUGUAGACGACGACCGACGACCGACCGACGACCGACGACAAAGAAGAAAACGAUCAGCAGCCUCCAGCGUCAAGUGGUGGGUGCUGGAUGUUGGGAGAAAAAGCUGUGAACUUUACUCUGAUUUGAGAAUGUCUGAAUCUGCUUGGCACUGUUUAGGAAUUUUCUUUUUCCCAUCUUUUCUAUUGGAAAAAGCUGUGGGGGAUUUCUGUUUUUUUCUUCUUCUGGAAGAGUCUUUGAUAGUCAUACUCCAGUGGAAGAUUCAUAUAUGCAGUGAGGAGUUACCAGAAAAUGUACAAGAAACACGGUCACUGGCCUUGACUCCUACAUGGUCGGUUGCCACUGUGUUGACUAUCUUCGUUGCUGUCUCUUUGCUUGUGGAGCGCUCCAUUCACCGUUUAAGCAAUUGGCUGCGGAAAACUAAUCGAAAACCCUUGCUUGCAGCUUUAGAGAAGAUGAAAGAAGAGUUGAUGUUGCUUGGAUUUAUAUCACUCCUAUUAACAGCUACCUCCAGCAUGAUAGCCAAUAUUUGCAUUCCAUUGAAGUUCUACAAUAGUGCUUUUUCUCCAUGCUCUAGAUCUGAGAUUGAUGAAGAAAUGGAAGAGAAUGACUCCAAAGAACGUAAAUUAUUGAUGGCUUCUGCUUACCCACGCUUACUUAGGAGGAUGUUGAAUGGAAUAAACAGAAACUCCUGCAGAGAGGGUUAUGAACCAUUUGUUUCGUAUGAAGGUCUAGAGCAAUUGCAUCGAUUCAUUUUUGUCAUGGCGGUAACACAUAUAUCUUACAGUUGCCUAACAAUGUUGUUAGCCAUUGUGAAGAUUCACAGUUGGAGAGUGUGGGAGGAUGAGGCUCACAUGGAUCGACACGAUUCAUUAAGUG